AUGCCGGCUACAAAAUCUCCUACAGUGUGCGGUAUCACUAUCUACCCGAUCAAAUCAUGUGGUGGUAUAAGUUUAAAGACAUGUAAAGUUGGGCCUCUUGGACUAGAAAAUGACAGGCGGUUCAUGUUUGUUGAAGAUUCGAUAAAGAGAUUCAUUACUCAAAGAGUAUAUCCCUCACUCGCAUUUAUACACCCAUUAAUCGAUGAGGCUCGCAACCUGCUGACACUGACAACUGAAGGUCAAGAUUCUCUUGAACUCCCACUACAUCCGGAUACGAAGAAUCUAAAGCUUUACUCAGUUCAGCUGUGGAAAGAUGAUCUUAUGGCUUAUGAUGUGGGUGAGGCCGCAUCAGAAUGGAUAACAACCUUUCUUAGGCGUCAUGCAGAUCAUGACCAAGUCGAUAAAGAUUUAAGCGAACGAAAUGUUCCGGGGAUUAUGCGAAUGGUCGUACUUGAUCCUUCGAAUGGCCAGUACGAACGCCCUGCUCAUCCACAAUUACCUGGUGUCCAAUCGCCAUUUACUGAUCAAUCUCCUGUGUCAAUGGGAUUUGAGUCCAGCAGAGAAGAUAUGAACAGAAACCUGUUACGACGUGGUGUCAGUAAUGGACAAACCAUUCCGAUGUCUCGUUUUAGAGACAACAUUUCCAUCAAAGACACAAUUUCAUGGGAAGAAGAUGAAUGGCUGGUCGCAAAGGUUGGAGAUGUGACAUACUAUAUAAUUGAACCACUUGCUCGUUGUCCAUUGACUUGUAUUGAUCAAGAAACCGCAAAAAAGGAUAAGUGGAAGGAUUCAAGCGUACUUGAACAUCUGAAGAAGACACGCCAAUUUGAAAACACUCCUGGAAAUGGCUACUUUUGUGUGCAUACAGCUCCUUUAACAGCAGGAACUGUCAGUAUAGGCGAUGGGGUAAAAGUGCUUGAACGCAUUCCUGUUGAGUACAGAAAGAAAAUUUUACAAAGCGAAUAA